AUGUCUAGAAAAACCGCCGUCAAUGGAUUCUUAAAAUCCUCAAACCGCCACCCGAAACCUCCGCCGCUUCCUCUGCUACUCGUGGAGCCUUCGCCGUCACUUUCCAGCGUCCCCUCCGCCACCACCCAGGCUCAAUUGACUCACCUCACCACCCUACUCAAAACCCACCUCAAAAAAAAUCCCACCACAAUCACUCCACAAGAACUUCUUCACUUCUUUAAAUCCCGUGUGCGCCAUAACCCGAUUCUCAGCCACCUAGAUUUCCAUCUCUUCCGCUUUGUCGCUACCUUCGACUCCUUCCGUCACGACCACUCCACUUUCGAGUACAUGGCCCGCUCUUUAAUUUCCUCUAACCGCCUCGACUUCCUUGCAUCGCUCCUCCAGUUCAUCGCUGCCAAUCCUUGCCCGUGUUCCGACGGUAUCUUCUCCUGUCCUAGCACUGAGCCAAUUUUCCGGGUUUCUAUUAGUUCAUUUUGUAGGAUUGGUAGAUUUGAUGAUGCACUCUUUGCUUUUGGAAUAUUUGGGAUGGUGCACGAGAUGACUGAACUGGGGUGUGAGUUCUCGGGCGUGACCUGUGAGAUUUUGGUUGACGGGCUUUGUCAAAGGGGUAAAGAAACUGAUGCGUGUGAUUUGAUUCUUGAUCUUUCUAGAAAAGUGGUUUUGCCUAAAGGGUUUGAUUAUUUUGGGCUGAUUGAAAGUCUCUGUCAGGGUGGGAAUGUGGAGAAGGCAUUUGAGGUGGUCGACGAGUUUUGGAAGAAAUCUAAUAUGCCGAGCUUGAUUGCUUGUACAACUUUGAUUGAGGGUUUACGGGGCGUAGGAAGGAUCGAUAUGGCAUUUAAACUAAUGGAAAAGAUGCUUAAAGAUUGCAUUGUUCCAGAUAGCGUGACUUUUAAUUGUCUGCUAAGUGAUAUGUGUCAUUCUGGGAGAGUUGUGGAAGCAAAUAAGUUGAGAUUGUUGGCUUCCAGCAAAGGCUUGGAACCUGAUGGUAUGACUUACAGGAUUUUGAUUUCAGGUUAUUCAAAGGAAAACAGAAGGAAGGAGGGGGAAGUUAUGUUGGAUGAGAUGCUGGAUAGAGGGUUUAUUUCUGAUAUUACUACCUACAAUAGAUUGAUGGAUGGACUUGGCAAAGCAAAAAAGCCAUCUUGA